AUGUUUAAGUCGCUUUCACUUGGGGACCACUGGAAAGCCGUCAGCACUCAUCAGCUGUGUAAAAUAUGUUUGGUGCCACAUGGAAAGUGGCCCUGCAAGUCCAAUAAAGUGUGUAAUGUAGGGGGUUGCUCGAAGGGACACAACACACUGUUGCAUCCCGGUUUUCCAGAAGAGUUACGUGGCCGACCUGGGAAUAGCUCACCAGCCGUCGUUUCUGUUCAUCGCCAACUACAGAAUACGAUUCUUUUCCGCAUCAUCCCAGUGACUUUGUAUGGUGAAGGGACGCAAGUUUCAACCUUUGCUUUCCUCGAUGAAGGGUCAUCCUUGACUCUGAUGAAUGCCGAGAUCGCCAGACAGUUGAAUAUCGUCGGAGAAGUCCAUCCAUUGUGCUUAACGUGGACAGGGAACGUUAAGCGGAGGGAAAAAGAAUCACAGCAAGUUAGCCUGCAAAUCUCGGGUUAUUCAAACAAAAAAAAGUUCGUUCUGGGCGAUGUACGCACUGUGGCUGGGCUGGCUCUACCAACACAAUCGCUACGUUAUCGAGACCUGGCGAGGAAGUAUUCGCAUCUAGAAGGUCUUCCUAUUCAAGACUACGAGAGAGCUGUUCCAGGAAUCCUGAUAGGCAUGGACAACGUUCACUUGGCUAUUCCACUACGAAGAAGGGAAAGAGGAGUUCGAGAACCGAUUGCAGCAAAGACAAGACUAGGAUGGACCAUAUUCGGCUGUGUUGGAGAUCCUGCAGAAGUAGAUGUGUCGCCGUCGUUCCAUAUUUGCGAGUGUGCUAAUCUUGAAGGACUUCACGGGCUGGUGGAAAGUUUUUUUGCAGAGGAAAAUCUUGGAAUAUCAGUUCAACGUACGCUAGAAGGCGAUGAAGAUCGACGGGCAAGAGAAAUUUUAGAAAACACCACGGUGCAACUAGACAACGGACGCUAUGAGACUGGGUUGCUGUGGCGUAACGACGAUGUGAAGUUUCCUUCAAGCUAUGCUAUGGCGAAGAGCAGACUAUCUUGCCUUCAUCGCCGACUAAAAUCCAAUCCGGAGUUGCUAACAACUUUGGAAACACAGAUUGUGGAUUACCAGGCGAAGGGUUACGCACACAAAGUGUCGAAGCAUGAAUUUGAGAAAUUUAAUCCCAGUCGAACUUGGUUUCUACCACUGGGAGUAGUCAUUAAUCCAAGGAAACCCGGGAAAGUCCGGAUGAUAUGGGAUGCAGCCGCUAAAGUAGGUGGAGUCUCGUUUAACGGGAUGCUUUUGAAGGGUCCAGAUCUUCUGACACCGUUGCCGAAAGUGUUGUUCCAGUUUCGCCAACGACAGGUGGCGGUAGUAGGAGAUGUGCGUGAAAUGUAUCAUCAGUUUUUUAUUCGCGAAUCCGACCGCUCGGCCCAGUGUUUCCUGUGGAGCUCUGCUGCGGCGCAGUCCCCGGAUAUUUUCGUUAUGGAUGCAGCGACUUUCGGUUCAACGUGCUCGUUAUGUCAGGCUCAGUUUAUUAAGAAUAUGAACGCUAAGAACUGGGCCACCGAAUUCCCAGAAGCGGCAGUAGCAUUAAUAGAAAACCACUAUGUGGAUGACUACUUAGAUAGUAGGGACACGGCAAAGGAAAUGUCUAAACUAGCAGCAGACGUUCGAACGGUUCACGCAAAAGCCGGAUUCGAAAUAAGGAAUUGGCAGUCUAAUUCGGAGGAAGUUCUGGCUGAUCUAGGAGAGCAACGCAUAACCAAAUGGAAGGAGUUUACCAACGACAAAGUUAACAAUAUCGAACGUGUACUUGGUAUGACUUGGCUCACUGAAAGGGAUGAGUUUACCUUUAGAUUUUCUCUACCAGAUGUUUUGCAAUGCCUCGUACUGGGAGACGCUGUACCCACAAAGCGGAGGAUUUUACGGUUCAUCAUGAGUCUAUACGAUCCACUCGGGCUAAUAUCGUAUAUUCUUAUCCACGGAAAAAUUAUUAUCCAAGAUUUAUGGCGAAGUGGAGUCGGAUGGGAUGAUUCAAUCCCUAAAGAAGUCGACGAAAUUUGGCGAAGAUUUGUGAACGUUAUUAGCGAGCUAAACCAAGUCCACGUACCACGCUGCUACUUUCCCGGAUAUGGUCAGGGUAGCUACGAAUCAUUAGAACUCCAUGUCUUUGUGGAUGCAAGCCUGUCCGCUAUGGCUUGCGUGGCCUUUUUUCGAAUAAACGACCGAGGAUUAUUACGCUGUUCGUUAGUGGCGUCGAAAGCUAAAGUUGCUCCCUUGAAGCCACUCUCAAUUCCGCGACUGGAGUUACAGGCAGCAGUUUUAGGAUGUCGACUAAUGAAAGCUAUCGUCAACAGUCACUCUAUAGCUAUCAAGAAACGAUAUAUAUGGACAGAUUCAAACACUGUUUUGUCGUGGAUACGGUCAGAUGCCAGAAAGUAUCGACCAUAUGUAGCGGUACGCGUAGGUGAAAUCUUAGAUGACACCAAAGUGCAAGAGUGGAGGUACGUACCGUCAGGACUUAAUGUCGCCGAUGAUGCAACGAAAUGGAAGGGCUUUCCUAACCUCCGGCCAACCUGUCGAUGGUUCAAGGGUCCUGACUUUUUGAACAAAAUGGAACACGAUUGGCCCAAGCAGAAAAUGGAUUUGGUUGAAGCUAAGGAAGAAAUGCGCACGGUUCAGGUACACUACGAAGAAGUCAGAGAGCGUUUCAUCGAUUCCAGCCGUUUUUCGAAAUGGGAACGUCUACUGCGAUCUGCUGCGUAUGUAUACCUAUUCAUUAGGCGGUGUCGAAGAGCUUCUACAACAAUAGCAAAGUUGAAUCAGUCGGACUUCAGAAACGCUGAACAAGCAAUAUGGCGCUCGACUCAAUGGGAUGUUUAUGCGGAAGAAUGCAGCUCACUGAGGCGGAUCCAAGCUGUGAACGAAAGCAGCGCGAGCAUCGAUAAGAAAAACAGUCCCUUGAGGAAACUAUCUCCUUUCAUCGGUGAAGGCGGCGUACUUCGCAUGGGAGGUCGCAUUGGAGCUUCGCAAUUUGCGUCAAACGAUGCGAAGUAUCCUGUUAUUUUGCCUAAGGGUCAUAGGGUCACCGACCUUAUUAUUGACAAAUAUCACAGACGUUACGGGCAUCAAAAUGGCGAAACUGUGGUAAAUGAAAUAAGACAGAAAUAUCACAUUUCGAACUUGCGGGCCGAAGUCCGCAAAGUGAACAAACGUUGUCAAUGGUGCCGUAUAUACAAAGCUCAACCAAUGGUUCCCCGGAUGGCCCCACUGCCUGAGGAACGGCUUACACCGUUUGUGAGACCAUUUUCUAAAGUCGGAAUCGACUAUUUUGGUCCGUAUUUGAUUAAAAUCGGCAGGAGUUUAGUAAAGCGAUGGGUUGUACUCUACACAUGCCUAGUAAUUAGAGCGGUACAUCUAGAGGUUGCCGCAUCUCUCUCAACUGAGUCGUGCAUGAUGGCGCUGCGCAGGUUUAUCGCCAGACGAGGGGCUCCUGAGCAAGUUUUCACCGACAACGGAACCAAUUUCGUUGGUACGGAACGGGAAUUGGCAAGACAGCUGCAGAAUAUUAACGGAGAACUGUCGGAAAGUUUCACGAACACUAAUACGAAGUGGAAUUUCAUACCGCCUGCAUCUCCUCACAUGGGCGGAGCAUGGGAGAGGAUGGUAAGAUCGGUAAAGGCAGCAAUGAACUCUAUUGACCAUCCGCGAACUCCAACCGAGGAAGUGUUUUUGACAGUAUUGUGCGAAGCCGAGUCCAUGGUCAACUCAAGACCAUUAACGUAUAUACCGUUAGAAGGUUCGGAUCAAGAGGCCUUGACGCCUAAUCAUUUCCUCUUGCUCAGCUCAGAUGGGGUAAAGCAACCAGAGAAGCAACCUGUGGAAGAAAAAUCCGCUCUACGCAGCAACUGGAGACUUUGUCAACAUAUCUUGGAUCAGUUCUGGUUAAGGUGGAUUCGGGAGUAUUUGCCGACUAUAGCGCGACGAACAAAAUGGUUCGCGGAAACGAAAGCGAUUGAAGUAGGGGAUGUCGUAUUCAUUGUAGAUGGAAAUGUGAGGAAUCGCUGGACUCGAGGUUUAGUAAUAGCGGUAUUUCCAGGUAAAGACGGCCGUAUUCGCCAAGCAGAAGUACGUACCACUUCUGGAACGCUUCGUAGAUCUGUUUCAAAGUUAGCCGUAAUGGACGUAGUUCCGGAAAGUAAAGCUGGAGGACCGGACCAUCUUUACGGGCUGGGGAAUGUUGGCCUAAGCGUUACGCGCUGCACUAAACCUACCUCAAGCUCCACGGGGGAUCGGUCACCCGGCAGCGGUAGAGUUACUACAUUGAGUGAUAACACGAAUGUCGAAGUUGAAGAGGACUAG